AUGCGGCAGGCCAUCCUCUUCCUCGCCGCGUUGGCCCUGGGAAGCCAUGGGUUAGAUCUCCGCACCGAAGUGAAGCCAACAGGCGAUCGGUUCCAAGGCUGCAUCUUCGAGAUUGCGAUGCUCGAAAAGCAGCCGCUGGGACAUACUUUCAACAAGAAGAACUACUGGACCAUGAACGCGGUCAUCAACAAGGCUUAUGCCGACCGAUGGGGCUAUGCCUUCACCUUGGCAGCUCCGGAAGCUCAGCAUCCACGUGACGGUAGGACUCCGGCAAACAGCUGGUACCGUGUGCCCUUCCUUCAUGAGCGCAUGCAGGCAGCAGACUCCCGCAGAGAGAAGUGCGGCUGGAUUCUGUACAUGGACUCCUCUGCCUACUUCCGGGAUCACAGUGUCCCUUUGUCCAAGUAUCUGGAUGGCCUGUUCAAGGACCAGCCCCUGCAUCCAAGAACAGGUGGCAUAUUCCAGUGGGAUGCGAAGAACAGCGGCCUCGUGAACGAUCGUAUUUUCCUGGUGCAAGUCAAUGGUCACGGCGAAGAUCUCAUGAAUGCCUGGCGUCAGUCCGGGGAGGAGGACGAAGCCAUCCGCUUCGAGGCCGCAGAGGCGGGGACUCUGACGGAGCUCCUCUUCCCGGGCAAGGCAGCGACUCGAAGCGGUCAGGCCUUGAAGCUGAUGCAGGUCGCUCAUGCGAAGACAGUUGGCGGCGAGCGCGUCCGGGGCCACGUCACCGUCCUCCCGGCCCAGGCCGAUGCCAAGGGCGACCAGCGAUGGGGGGACUUGAUCCAAGACACCUCGGCCCUCUCUCCAGGCAGCGCUUUGUUUGCUUAA